AUGGCUCGCGAAACCCGUUCGACCGCUCAACGACGUCGCACGACUACCCGCAGCUCUCCCUCACCUCGUACCUCCCCCUACCCUCUUCCCUCGUCGUCCUCGCCUCGCAAAAGCUCUCGCUCGGUCGACCGCAACCUCAAAGAGUCUCUCAAGGACCGCAAGACGACUGGCGAGACUGCUAAUGCCGCCCGCAAGACGCGCAAGACCGCCGUCGCCGCCGUCACCUCCGCCUCAGUUUCGACCGGCUCAAACGAAACUUCGACUCGGGCGACUCGCCCUGUCCGCUCGCUCCCCCGGCGUGCUCACAAGGCUUCUCACGUCGACAAAGACGCUGUCGACGAACCCGCUCGUCGCCCGACUCAACGGAAGGCGAACGUCGAGAAGCUCGCCUCUCCGCCUGCCGACGCCACGUCUCGCACCUCUGCCUCCCGCAAGCGCUCGGCCGCCGCCCUUCCCGAUGACACUCCCUCGACUACCAGCACUCCCAAGUCGACCAAGAAGGCUCGCAGGACCCGCGAGAUCGACUUCGACGACGACGAGCCCGCUGUCCUGCCCGCCGGUCCUUCGCCGACUCCCAAGCUCUCCGACGGAUCGAAACGUUCGGCUGACGCACGACGUAAAGCCAAGGGCAAGGGCAAGGUCGUCGACGACGACAAGGAGGCUGUACUCCCCGAUUUGAAGCGGCAACUUGCGGAGAAGGAGAAGCUCGCCGACAAGCAGUCGCAAGCUCUCGCCGCAAUCCGCUCAACCGUCUCUUGCGGGAUCUGCAACGAGUUGCUCGAGAACCCGCACUCGCUUACGUGCGGCCACAUCUUCUGCCGCAGCUGCCUCGAAAUCAGCUGGACGACCGAGCCCGACUUGACCGACGAUGCGCCCGGCUCUGAACGAUCCGACUCCGCCACCGACUCGGACGACGACGCUUCUGGCGACGAGUCGGACCCGAGCGCCGCCGUCUAUCCUCGCAGGCGGCCCGGCUUCAUCGCCUUCCGCCCACUCGGCGCCUGGCUCGACGACGACGAGGACGACGAGGACGAGGAAGACGAUGAGGAAGAAGACGAGUACGACACGGCGCCUUACUCGUCUGGCGCUUUCUACGGCCUGACUAUCGGCAAGAAGCGCAUCGUCGAGGUCGACAACCUGCAAGACGAAGACGCCGAGCGAGCUUUCCAGCGCGCGUCGGCAGCAAUGCUCGACGACUUUGUCGCCUACACCGCCAAUCGGCACCAACAGCGCAGGGCUCCGUCCCCUACCCCUUCCGCCUCGAGCAGCGGCCCCAGGAUCGAGGAGAUUGACGACGACGAGGCCGCCGAGAUCGAGCAGUCCAAGGCUGGACCUUCGAGGGCUAGGAAUGGACGUCGCGAACCCGUUUCUGCUCGCGCUGGUUCGGCUUUGGCGCUCACUCGGCGUGCCCAGGGCGGCACCUCGCAGCGCUCUCCUUCGCCCACUCCAGCAUCGUCGCGCUCUGGCUCGCCGACUCCUUCCGCCGUCGACGACGCUCGCAAGGAGAUCUGCUGCCCGACGUGCGGCGAAUCGUGCGCUGACACUCGUCCGACCCGUGUCGUCCACUUCAACGACAUCCUCGACACUAUCCGCAAAGCGGGCGAGGACGAGACUUGGGGCGGGCUCUUCCCGGUUGAGGAGAAGAAGGAGGACUGGCCCGUUCAAGACGCCGAGCUCGUCGAGAAGGUCGAACCGAAGGAGGCUGUCAUUGAGGGAGUUGCGAAGGGCGACGGCCAUGACACCGAGGACCUCCCGACUGACGAGUCCGGCUCGAAGGACGUAUUUGGCGAGGUCGAGAUGCCCACGAAAAGCGGCGAAGGGGACGCCUCAUCAGGUGAUAAGGUUGUCGAACCUGCGACUGCCGUCGCCACCGUCAAGGACGACGACACACCCUCCACCACCCUCGUCGCCGCUCCGCUCAAGGCUCCCCUUACCGCCAAACCCACCCCGACCGGCCUCAGAACGCCAAGCUUCUUCGGCAUCAGCGCCUUCCGGAGCUCUAGCAGCCCAUCUGCAUCCCUCAGCGGCGACUCGAGCUUUGCGACAUCGGCCGCAGCUUUCGGUCUCCCCGCCCGCUCCCGCUCUCGCUCCGCCUCUUCGUCCUCCGCCUCGUCAUCGUCGUCGUCGCAGGACUCGACUUCAGCCUCAUCGGUCCUCGAAGACCCCAAGCAAGACCCGAGCACCCCCGCUCCCGCACGCCACAUUCGCGGCGAGUCGGAACGCAAAAACAAGGAUUCGGGCUUGCGACUCGAGACUGAGGUGUCGACGCGCUCUGCUAGUCCGAGUUCACGCAUCGCGCGCCCUCAGCAGGGUCGUAAGUCUGGCCUUGGUUCCGACUCGACUCGUCUUGCUCCCGGUUCUUCGAAGACUGAUGACGCUAACGUCGAGGCUUCGACGACGAAGAUGACUCGUAGGACGUCGAGGAAGCGCGGACGCUCGGCGGACGAAGGGAAGGAAGCCGCGGCGACAGAGGCGGUCGCGGCGAAGGGGAAGAAGGCGAGAAGGGCUUGA